AUGAUGCUUUUGAAUACUCUUGUAUUUGCGGCACUGUCGCUCGGACCCCUGGCGGCCCACGCCCACCCGGGCGAGACGUUCAACAAGCGGGCGCACAUGGACGAGAUUGCCAAUGCGCACGCCGUGGCCGACGUCAAUGCGCGGGCCCUCGAGGCGUGCCAGAACCGACCCGACGUCAAGGAGCGACGGGAGCGUGCCGUGGCGCGAAGGGCCGCGACGUUUGAGCGUCUUCGUCGGGAAAAGGGAUUGCAGGACGAAUCUUUUCUUCACCGGCGAGAUGCGGCUUCGCUACGCCAGUGGAUGGCAAAGAGCCACGACAAGAGCAGUCUCAAGUAUACCAAGGACACUCCCAUUUCGGAGCUCUUUGGUUCAAACACGAGCUGCAUCUUGACGCCCGACAAUGCCAAUGGGCCAUACUUUGUCUACCAAGAGCAGAUUCGCAGCAAUGUGGUCGAGGACGUCAAGGGAGUACCGAUGCACUUGGAGUUGCAGUUUAUUGAUGUCAAUACCUGCAAGCCAGCCAAUGUAUUGAUUGAUAUUUGGUCAUGCAACUCCCAAGGCGUCUACAGCGGCGUCAGCGCCGCGGGCGAGGGCGGCCUGGGCACGACCUACCUGCGCGGCGUGCAGCCCACGGACAAGGACGGCGUCGUCAACUUUGACACGCUCUUCCCGGGGCACUACUCGGGGCGCGCGACCCACGAGCACAUCAUUGCCCACGUGGGGUCCAAGGUCCUCGACAACGGGACCUACACCGGCGGCCAGGUGGCGCAUCUGAGCCAGCUCUUCUUUGACCAGAGCCUGAUUGACACCAUUGAGGCCACGGCGCCGUACAGCACCAACCGCAUCGCGCGCACCAGCAACUCGGCCGACGGCUUCACGGGCUACGCCGCCAGUCCGAAUUAUGACCCCUUUCCCAACUAUGCGAUGCUCGGUAGUGGCGUGGCGGGCGGCUUGUUUGUUUGGGCCGAGCUAGGCAUCAAUACCUCGUCCAAUUGGGACUACUAUGCCCCCUAUGCGAGUACCUGGAAGGAGGGCGGCGGGUACAAUAAUCCCAAGUUCAAUAUGAUGGUGGUGGCUACUCCUCCGCCGACACAUGGAUGA